AUGUCUUUUGACCCUACUUCCAAUUCUCGUAAGAAGCGGCCGUCCACAGCCCUUGAGCUUGAUCCUUCUGGACGUACCAGUGUUCCUGGCGUGGUGGAGAGCACACCAACCAGUGGGAGAUGGAAAUCACCUCCGACGGCAGGACAACCUUCUGAAGGCGACCUCCGAAAGAUGCGGCAACGCAAAGUAUCCGACGUGAGAAGUCCUACUGGAACACCAGGGGCAUUCACGGGACAUGACCGUCAAGCCAGCAAGGCCUCACUGGCUAAAACUCCGUCGCCAACCCCAGAGUCUUUUCACGCGGGUAUGUUGACGAGAGCGUUUAAUGCUGCUCAGGAUCCCACUACACCCCAAAAAUCGGCAGAGACGGUGGCAGAUACUAAGGAGACUAUAGACCACACUCCUCUGCCGGAACCUAACUCUGAAUCCCGUAUUGAGAGGCAACCACGAGAAGGGGAUUCUGCUUUUCAAAAUAUCUUCGUUAUGCUGCGCACUCAUGAACUUCCGGUAUGGUGGUUGUCGGAAAUGAAAGCGCGGCCGUGUGAUAAAAGUGAUGGGGAAGAGGAUAAUUUCGAGCCCACUCCUAAAACUACAACGUCUGCAGGGUCUGCUUCUACGUCUCAAAAACAAAAGGCCGAAGUUGCCGACCCAAACAAGGGUCGAUGUAUGAUUUCCGGUCAAUCACGAGCCGUUGCAGGCCUUGUCCAAACGGCUCACAUCAUGCCAAACAUGCUUUGGUACAACCUCUACUUCUUCGCGCAGACUGGCAUGUUCUUUUUGACCAAGGAGCCUGGGUCCUUAGUCGACCUCCGGGAGACCUUCAAGAAGAAGAAGACAUUUGAAUACUUCGCAGUCUUUUGUCUGAGUCAGGACCGAGUUCAGAAAUUAGACGAGGACUUGGGGCCCAUGGUUCGUCGUGACGCGGAGGGCCGUUGGAAGAUGCACAGUUUUCCGUACACGGACUUGCCCGUAAUAAAGAGCCACGCUCAGCCUCAGCGACUCCCUCUCGGCAAGAUAACUUUGAGAGUCACCUAG